GAGGAAGGUGGCGGACGAGGAAGGCGCUGCCUCGUCUUCUAAGAGGAUAAAGAAAAAGGGAAAGCUAUUUUUAUUCCCGGGGACACAAUGAGCAGUGGGCUGGGUGAGAGCUCCGUGCGUGUGGCACUGAGGAUUCGUCCUCAGUUGGCCAGAGAGAAGAUCGAGGGUUGCCAUAUUUGCACUUACGUGAUGCCCGGGGAGCCGCAGGUGUUCUUGGGCAAGGACAAGGCCUUCACUUACGACUAUGUCUUCGACAUUAACAGUCAGCAGGACGCCAUCUACAGCCACUGCACCGAGAGACUUAUUGAGGGCUGCUUCGAGGGCUACAACGCCACCAUAUUUGCAUACGGGCAGACCGGUUCGGGGAAGACGUACACAAUGGGAACGGGCCUCGACGUCAACAUCGGCGAGGACGAGCUGGGCAUCAUUCCCAGGGCCGUCAACCACCUGUUCCGGGGCAUCGAGGAGCGCAGACAGGCCGCCACGGAGCAGGGCAAGCCUGCCCCUGAGUUCAAGAUCAACGCUCAGUUCCUGGAGCUGUACAACGAGGAAGUGCUGGACCUGUUCGACACGACGCGAGACAUCGAAGUCAGGAGGCAGAAAUCCAACGUCCGCAUCCACGAGGAUGCCAGCGGAGGCAUCUACACGGUCGGUGUCACUGCGCGCAGCGUCUCCUCUGCCGCCGAGAUGAUCCAGUGUCUAAAGCUGGGCGCUCUCUCCAGAACCACCGCCAGCACUCAGAUGAACGUCCAGAGUUCACGCUCCCAUGCCAUCUUCACCAUCCACCUGUGCCAAGUUCGCAUGUGCUCACCUGACAACGAAAACGCCACAGACAACCGGAUGGCGAACGACUCGGAAAUCGACGAGUUUGAGACGUUGACGGCCAAGUUCCACUUCGUGGACCUGGCUGGAUCCGAGAGGCUGAAGAGAACCGGAGCGACAGGUGACAGGGCCAAAGAAGGGAUCUCGAUCAACUGUGGACUGCUGGCCCUAGGCAACGUCAUCAGCGCGCUCGGUGACCGAAGUAAGCGCUCCACUCAUGUGCCUUACAGAGACUCCAAACUCACCCGCCUGCUGCAGGACUCCCUUGGCGGCAACAGUCAAACAGUGAUGAUCGCCUGCAUCAGCCCGUCAGACCGCGACUUCAUGGAGACCUUAAACACCCUCAAGUACGCCAACCGAGCGCGUAACAUCAAAAACAAGGUGGUGGUGAACCAGGACCGAGCCAGCCAGCAGAUAAGCGCCCUGAGGACGGAGAUAGCACGACUGCAGAUGGAGUUGAUGGAGUACAAGACGGGUAAGCGGAUGGUGGGCGAGGACGGCAUGGAGGGCGUCAACGACUUGGUCCAUGAGAACUCCAUGUUGCAGGCGGACAACAACAACCUGAGAGUGAGGGUGAAAGCCAUGCAGGAGACCAUUGAUGCUCAACGAGUCAGACUCACUCAGAUACUUAGUGAUGGGGCCAAUCAGGCCCUGGCCAAAACAGGUGAAGGCAGCGAGGAAAUUGGCAACAUGAUCCAUAACUACAUCAAGGAAAUCGAGGAGCUCAGAGCCAAACUCCUGGAGAGUGAGGCUCUAAACGAGAACCUGAGGAAGAACCUCGCCCGCGCCUCCACUCGCUCCUCCUUGUACGCCAGCCCCGCCUACUUCUCUCCUACCCUGUUGGGGCCUGAGAAGGAGGCCAGCGACGUCAUCGAGAUGGCCAAGAAAGAUCUGGAGAAGCUCAAGAAGCAGGAGAAGAAGAAGAAAAAGAGACUGACGCAGCACCAGGAGAGUCACCAUGGCGACGCCAGCGUUAAGGAAGAAGGUCCAGACAAUGACGCCGAGGGGGAGGGUAGUGACCAUGAAGAAGGCGAGGAUGGCGAUGGAGAGGAAGAGGAGUCGGACACAGCAGGAGAGGAGACGUCUGAGGAGUCAGAGUCAGAGGAGCUAGAGGAAAAAGAGAACGUCCAGGCCGACCUGGCCAACAUCACCUGCGAGAUCGCCAUCAAGCAGAAGCUCAUAGACGAGCUGGAGAACAGCCAGCGGCGCCUUCACACGCUCAAACAGCAGUACGAGCAGAAGCUGGUGAUGCUGCAGAACAAGAUCAGGGACACGCAGCUGGAGAGGGACAAAGUGCUGCAUAACAUGGGCUCUGUGGAGACGUGCACGGAGGAGAAGGCAAAGAAGAUCAAGGCGGAGUAUGAGAGGAAGCUGAGCUCCAUGAACAAGGAGAUGCAGAAGCUCCAGUCGGCUCAGAAGGAGCACGCCCGGCUGCUGAAGAACCAGUCCCAGUACGAGAAGCAGCUCAGGAGACUGCAGCAGGAUGUCACUGAGAUGAAGAAAACCAAGGUGGCACUAAUGCGUCAAAUGAAGGAGCAACAGGAGCGCAAUAGAGCCACAGAGUGCAAGAGGAACAGGGAGAUUGCCUCCUUGAAGAAAGACCAGCGCAGAGCUGAGCAUCAACUGAAACAGCUUGAGGGCCAGAGGAGACAACAGGAGUUAAUCUUACGCAGAAAGAACGAAGAGGUGACCGCUCUGAGGAGGCAGGUGAGGCCAGUGUCGGGCAAGGCGACCAGGAAAGCCCCCUUAUCUGAAACCCUUCCAGAACCUUCUAAUAGGAGCGCUCCGGGAAGGCCACAUUCCUCCGCAACGUUUAAUGGCACCAGGGGUUUUUCAAUGCGAAAAGGAAGUACCUACCUCACCCGCGCAGCCAAGGCCAAAUGGCAGUCAUUGGAGAGACGCGUCAGUGACAUCAUCAUGCAGAGGAUGACCAUCUCCAACAUGGAGACGGAUAUGAAUCGUCUCCUAAAGCAAAGGGAGGAGCUUACCAAGCGGAGGGAACGAGUAUCUAGGAAGAGGACCAAGGUGGUGGCCGAGGGGUCGGACGCAGAGCGCUCGCUGGCCUCCUGGAACGAGGAGCUGGAGUCUUUGAGCGCCAACAUCGACUACAUCAACGACAGCAUCGCCGACUGCCAGGCCAACAUCAUGCAGAUGGAGGAGGCCAAGGAGGAAGGAGACACAGUGGACGUGACAGCAGCCAUCAGCUCCUGUAAUGUCUCAGAGGCACGCUUCCUUUUGGACCAUUUCAUGACCAUGGCCAUCAAUAAGGGUCUGCAGGCGGCCCAGAAAGAUUCCCAGCUGAAGGUGAUGGAGGGCCGGCUGAAGCAGACGGAGAUCAACAGCGCCACCCAGAACCAGCUGCUGUUCCACAUGCUGAAGGAGAAAGCCGAGAUCAACCCGGAGCUGGACGCCCUGCUGGGCAGCGCCCUGCAAGUGUUAGGUUACCUGUUGCCAGAAAAUGGAGAUGAAAGCAGCAGCGAUGAGUCCACCCACAGCCCAGCUGCAGAGGGCAGCACACUGGCAUCAGAUCUGAUGAAGUUAUGUGGCGACUCCAGGCCAAGAAGUAAGGCUCGCAGGAGGACCACGACCCAGAUGGAGCUGCUUUACGCCAGCGCUGGGGAUCCAUCCUGCGACUCCCCCACAGGAGACUUCUCUGGCCCUUUGCUUCCUGUCAUCGAGCACCAGGACGGAACUCCUGACCGUGAACAAACCGUCUCCCCGUCUCUGACACGUCCAGGUGGCAUUUUCAGAACCAGGUCACCAACAAGCCUCGCUGAGAGGAAGCAGCUCGAGCGCUCGCCUCUCAGCCGCAGGAAACUGCAGGAAAAAGGGCCAACAGCCAAUCUGGUCUGCACGGGGGAUGGAAGAAGUAAAGGAAGUGACCACAAAACACUAGGCGUGAUCAACCCUGUGCCGUCUCCAAAGACCGCCAAGGCAGCCAAACUUCAUUGUGUUCACGUCGCCGAGGGACAUACCAAGCCUGUCCUCUGUGUGGACGCCACAGAAGAUCUGCUCUUCACUGGAUCGAAAGACCGAACGUGUAAGGUAUGGAACUUGGUGACGGGUCAGGAGAUCAUGUCUUUAGCGGAGCAUCCCGGCAGCGUCGUCUCUGUCAGUUACACCUCCAGCCUGGUCUUCACCGUCUCCACCGCGUACAUCAAAGUGUGGGACAUACGGGAUUGUGCGAAAUGUAUACGCACUCUGACGGCUUCUGGACAGGUCGGCACAGGUGACACGUGCUCCUCUGCCAGAAGCCUGAGCAUACCUCCAGGAGAGAGUCAGAUCAACCACAUCGCCAUCAACCCUUCUGGCUCCUUCCUGUACGCGGCCGCCGGCAACGCCGUACGCAUGUGGGAUCUCCGCAAAUUUGCUUCCACCGGGAAGCUUGUGGGCCAUUUGGGAGAGGUCACGUGUCUGACAGUGGACAAGUUGGGUCAUGGACAAGAUCUCGUGCUCACCGGCUCUAAAGACCGUCAAGUGAAAAUGUUCGAGGUGACAGAAGCCGCUCAGGGUAGCAUCAGCUGCUGCCAUACGUUUGACUCCCCCCACCAGGACAGCGUGGAGUCCCUCGCUACGCACGGGGACGUCUUCUACAGCGCCUCCAGAGACUACUACGUCAAAAAGUGGGAUUUGACCAGUAAGAAGCUGCUGCAGCAGACGGCCAGUGCACACACAGACUGGGUCAGUGCCCUGGGCGUGGUACCCAACUCUUCAGUACUGCUCAGCGGAUGCAGAGGAGGGCUGCUGCGCCUCUGGCACACGGACUCACUCGCACCCCUGGGAGAGGUCCAAGGCCACGACAGUCCCGUCAACAGCGUGGCCACAAACAGCAGCCAACUGUUCACCGCGUCCGAUGACCGCACGGUGAAGAUUUGGGAAGCCAAAGGAUGUUUAGAAGAUGGAAUCCACUGACUACUAAAAAACAGAACCUCAUUUUGUUGCUGCUGAAUCCUUUUCUACAAGACAUUUCUAUUUCUAACUGUGUGCGUCACCAGCAGUACUUUUUCAAUAGUCUGAUCUCGGAAGGACCAAAGUUCUACUGACACUGUGUCGUGUUCUUUUCUCUCUGCCAAACCCUACUCUACAAUGAUUACUGACUUCCAGACAUCAAAGAUUAUUUGUCCAUUUUUCCAUACGUGCAAGAUAUAUUGCAAAAUAUAAACUAUUUUGUAUAGUUUAUAUUUAUAUAAUAUAUUGUAAUAUAUUACAUAUAUUACAAUAUAUCUGUUUGUAUGUAUGUGUGUAUAUAUAUUAUGUAUAUAUAUAUACAGGUAAAAGCCAGUA